UUAGUGCGAUUCCCUAGGGCACUAAAUAGGAAACUAGUUGCAAAAGGAUGCAGCCUUGGCGGGAGUUGCCUGGCUAGGCUCACUAUAUAAACGGGACAUGGUCCAGCAAAAGAAGACCACGAUACCAGCGAGGAGGACACGGAGGCGGCACAUAGACCCAGAGAGGACACAGACACUCAAACGGAGUAUAAAACUCACAGCCUCGCAGAGUACAAGACUCACAGGGACACAGGCUCACAAAGAACGACUGUCACAGAGAACGAGUGUCAGAGAGAACGAGUGUCACAGAGAAACAGGACUCACCCAGCAGUCAUCACACUGAUCAAUACCUGCAUCACAUUCAAGGCACUUUCUGUUCCACUUUUUCCUGUCUCUCUCUGCCUGUCUCUCUCUUCCUUGUCGUUCUGGUCAUGUGGAAGGCUGCAGUACUGACAUUUGGUCUGUUGGUGGCACUGGUGGAUAGGGUUUCGGUUGCGGAGGGUCACGCUAACUCUAUCUACGGGGUAAAGCUAUGUGGGAGAGAGUUUAUACGGGCCGUCAUCUUUACCUGCGGAGGCUCGCGCUGGAGGAGAUCAGUGCCAGGUGACAUCUCAGUUAAUGAUGAGAGUGAGGCUUCCAGUCCAUGGAGCUCCAAUGCCAUAUUUGGCCGCAGCAACAAGCAGCACCUAGGAACAGAGGGCCAGGCCUGGGCGGGCGAGGUCAGGGAGGGGGGCUCCGCUGGUGUCGCCACUGCGUUCAGCCGCCUGGUCCGUUCGCCCAUCGCAGAGGAAGUGAUGGAAGCACUGCGAAGCACGGACAGGAAGGGGCGGGACGUCGUGGUGGGGCUGUCCAAUGCCUGCUGCAAGUGGGGCUGCAGCAAGAGUGAGAUCAGCUCCCUCUGUUGAGCACUGCCCCUCUAACUCCCUGUUCCAUCCUUCCAUCCCCUCUACCUCCCCAUUCCAUCCUUCCAUCCCCUCUACCUCCCC